AUGGCCAAUCGGGGUUAUGACGUUGUAGUUGAUGUGGAUGCAGAGGGUGACCUCGGUCAUACAGACCUGCAGGAGGACCUUGAAUUUCAUCCAUCCAACUUUGAAAACGACCAGCGCAGCGCUAAGGUCCAAGGCGACUCAACUCCGUUCCUGGGUGGUGGUUCUUCUUCCCGCGGCCGCGACCGUUCCCCUGGCGGCACAUCAACCAAGCAUAGCUGGUGGUCAAUCCAUUACUACGAGCGAUUCUUUGACGUCGACACAAACGAAGUCCUUCGCCGCUGUGUUGCAGCUCUGUACCCACGCUCGAACUUCCUUGACGUUCUCGAAGGCAAUGCCGACCUGUACGGACCUGUCUGGAUCGCAACGACCGUAGUCGUGAUUCUGUUCCUCACAGGAACCAUCUCACAAUGGCUUUCCAAUAACGACGACAAGCACUUUGAGUAUGACUUUACUCUUCUGUCUGGUGCCGCGGGCCUGAUUUACGGAUACACGGGUCUCUUGCCCAUUGCGCUUUGGGGAGCUCUGCGCUGGUUCGGGAGCUCGACCGCUGAUCUGAUUGAGUGCUGGGCUUUAUACGGGUACUCUAACUUGGUGUGGAUUGCAGUUGCGUUGGUUAGUUGGAGUCCCCUCACAGCGUUGAACUGGGCGCUUGUGGGUGUGGGCUUUGCUUGGACAGUCUUCUUCUUGUUGCGAAACCUUUACCCCGUGUUGAAUGCUACGGAUGCGAAGGCCAGCAAGAUUCUUUUGAUCUUGGUUGUGCUUUUGCAUGCUGGACUGGCUAUUGCGAUUAAGAUCCUUUUCUUUGCCCACGCGAGCCCUGUCUCCAAGAAGAACAAGGAUCAGAGCGAUGAAAAUGAUAACGACAGCACGCGCCGGAUGAUGUUUUGA